UGAAUGAGUUCUCUCCUCAUUUCAAGUCAAGAAGCUCCUGACAACAAGGGGACGUGAGUGACAGACGGAGAUAGGAGCCGGAGCCCUGGGUUCUCCACACUACAUGGAAGCACAUACCCAGCUUCUGCCAGCUAGCCACGCAGCUAGCCGUGUCAUGACGUUUGGAGGGCUCUCUCACAUCUGGACGUCGUUGUAACGAGUAACGUUGAGGGAGCCUUGCGGAGCAAAGCACCAACACCCUAUCUGCUCUCGUCAGCCUAAACCGAGAGAGGGGGCAUUUUUUUGGUCAUAUCGUCCUCUUCACCGGCGUGUCUCGACCCAUUCGUGCUCGGGGCCGGACCACCAUGGCUGAGAGGAACUCUACCGGUUUGCUCAUGAUGAUGUUGGAGCCCACGCCGGCUGUCGCUAUGACCCUGCCGGCAGAGGUCCGGGAGAAGCUUGCGGAGCUGGAGCUGGAGCUCUCCGAAGGGGACAUCACUCAGAAGGGCUAUGAGAAGAAAAGAGGCAAGCUGUUGGCACCGUACAUCCCACAGAUACAAGGUGUAGAUCCCUCUCUCCAAAUUGACAACAGGAUCCAGGCGUCAUCCCAGGCUGCCCUCCCAGGUUCCAAACACAACAAGUCUCGGGCUGCCAACACCCGGGAUGAGCGCUUCAGAUCUGAUUUGCACACAGAAGCCGUCCAAGCAGCUUUGGCCAAGUACAAAGAGAGGAAGAUGCCCAUGCCCUCCAAGAGACGCUCAGUGUUAGUUCAGUCCUCUGUGGAGGCAUGCACACCACCAGACACCUCCUCAGCGUCAGAAGACGAGGGCUCGCUUCGCCGGCAGGGACGCCUGGCCACCUCCACGCCCUACCAGGGCCACAGCCACCCCGCCGUCGAGCACUGGUUUAACCGUGUCAUCCAGGGCUCGUCCACCUCAUCCUCCGCGUCAUCCACCUCAUCCCACCCCGGAGGGAGAUCCGUCACCACUACCACCACCACCACCAACACCGCUGCCCACGCAGCUCUCAACGCCAACGCAGCAGCUACCGCAUUGGCCGACCUCAUGGCACACACCCAGCUAGAUAACCACUCAGCGCCCCCUGAUGUGACGGGGCUGUCGGAGCGCUCCUCACUGCAUGCAGAGCGGCCCCAGGUGGCCUCAGUGCAAGGCGUUCCCCGCGGCUACAACCACCACACCAGCGUCAUGGAGACUGCAGAUGGCUAUGAGUGGAGAGGUGAAGGAGCCCUCAGUUUAAUGGAUGGUGUUCCAGUCAACAGUCGAGUAUCCUCCAAAAUCCAGCAGCUGCUCAACACCCUGAAGAGACCAAAGCGCCCGCCGUUGCGAGAGUUCUUUGUUGACGACUUUGAAGAGCUUUUGGAUGUCCAGCAGCCAGAUCCCAACCAGCCGAAGCCAGAAGGCCAGCAGAUGAGUCCCCUGGAAGGAGAGCCUCUCGGGGUUGUCACCAACUGGCCUCCCUCCCUGCCAGCAGCCUUACAACGGUGGGGCACCACCCAGCCCAAGAGCCCCUGUCUGACAGCGCUAGACAAUGCUGGCAAGCCCGUUUACACACUCACCUACGGUAAACUGUGGACCCGCAGUCAAAAACUGGCCUACACUCUUCUUAACAAGCUGAGCACCAGGAAUGAGCCUUUACUUCUGCCUGGAGACAGAGUUGCACUUGUGUUCCCCAACAACGACCCGGUGAUGUUCAUGGUGGCCUUCUAUGGAUGUCUCCUGGCAGAGCUGGUGCCUGUGCCCAUCGAAGUGCCGCUCACUAGAAAGGAUGCAGGAAGUCAACAGAUCGGCUUUCUUUUGGGCAGUUGUGGCGUAACAUUGGCUCUGACCACCGACGCUUGUCAGAAAGGUCUGCCCAAAGCACAGACAGGCGAGGUUGCAACCUUCAAAGGCUGGCCGAGGCUGCUGUGGUUUGUGACAGAUGGAAAACAUGUUGUAAAGCCUCCCAAAGACUGGCACCCCCCAAUACGGGAAGCCAGUAAUGACAUAGCUUACAUAGAGUACAAGACCAGCAAGGAAGGCAGCACCAUGGGCAUCACCGUGUCCCAUUCAGCCAUGCUGGCUCACUGUCAUGCCCUCACACAGGCCUGUGGCUACACUGAGGCUGAGACCAUAACCAAUGUCCUGGACUUCAAGAGAGACGCAGGAUUAUGGCAUGGUGUUCUCACUAGUGUCAUGAACCGUAUGCACGUGAUCAGCAUCCCCUACUCCCUGAUGAAAGUCAACCCUCUCUCCUGGAUACAGAAAGUGCACACAUACAAAGCACGGGUAGCAGUGGUGAAGUCGAGGGACAUGCACUGGUCUCUGCUGGCCCAGAGAGACCAGAGAGACAUCAGCCUCAGCUCCUUGCGCAUGCUGAUUGUAGCCGAUGGAGCCAACCCCUGGUCGAUAUCUUCCUGCGAUGCCUUCCUCAACGUGUUCCAGGCACGUGGGCUGCGACCUGAGGUGAUCUGUCCAUGUGCCAGCUCUUCAGAAGCCAUGACUGUCGCCAUCCGCAGACCUCCAGAAAUGGGUGUUCCUCCUCCGGGCAAAGCGGUGCUGUCUAUGGGCGGGCUGAGCCACAGUGUGAUCCGUGUGGACACGGAGGAGAAGCUCUCUGUCCUAACGGUGCAGGACGUUGGACAGGUCAUGCCUGGAGCCCUGGUUACGGUGGUGCGGGUGGAGGGGACUCCCUACCUCUGUCAGACAGACGAGGUGGGAGAGAUCUGUGUGAGCUCAGGUAGCACCGGCAUUGCCUACUACGGCCUUCCUGGCAUGACCAAGAACAUCUUUGAGACCAUCCCAGUAACAUCGUCUGGAGUCCCAAUCAGUGACAGACCGUUCACCAGGACCUCGCUGCUGGGCUUUGUGGGCCCGGACAAUCUUGUGUUUGUGGUGGGGAAGAUGGAAGGGCUGAUGGUGGUCAGUGGGCGGAGACACAACGCUGAUGAUGUGGUCGCCACGGCGCUGGCAGUGGAGCCCAUGAAGUUUGUUUACAGGGGGAGGAUAGCAGUGUUUUCUGUGUCCGUGCUGCAUGACGAGAGGAUCGUUGUAGUGGCAGAGCAGAGGCCAGAUGCCUCCGAGGAGGACAGCUUCCAGUGGAUGAGCCGUGUUCUUCAGGCCAUAGACAGUAUCCACCAGGUGGGUGUGUACUGCCUGGCUCUGGUGCCCGCCAACACGCUACCCAAGGCCCCCCUGGGUGGCAUCCACAUCUCUGAGACCAAACAGCGCUUCCUGGAGGGCGCCCUGCACCCCUGCAACGUCCUCAUGUGCCCCCACACCUGCGUCACUAACCUGCCCAAACCGAGACAAAAACAGCCAGAGGUUGGUCCUGCUUCUAUGAUAGUGGGCAACCUGGUGGCAGGGAAGAGGAUAGCCCAGGCCUGUGGGAGAGAUGUGGCCCAGCUAGAGGACAAUGACCAGGCACGUAAGUUCCUCUACAUGCAGGAUGUGCUACAGUGGAGAGCUCAGGCCACCCCAGACCACCCGCUCUUCCUUGUACUGAAUGCCAAGGGCACGGUGGCUAGCACAGCCUCUUGUCUGCAGCUGCACAAGCGGGCAGAGCGGGUAGCUGUGGCGCUGAUGGAGAAGGGACGCCUCAACACUGGAGACCAUGUAGCACUCGUCUACCCACCAGGUAUCGACCUGAUUGCCACCUUCUAUGGCUGCCUGUACGCUGGCUGUGUGCCAGUCACUGUCAGACCUCCUCACCCGCAGAACCUGGCCACCACCCUGCCCACCGUCAAGAUGAUUGUUGAGGUCAGCAAGUCGGUGUGUAUCCUGACCACCCAAGCAAUAAUGAAGCUGCUGAAAUCCAAAGAGGCUGCUGCUGCUGUGGACAUCAAGAGUUGGCCCAUGGUGUUGGACACAGACGACCUCCCCAGGAAGAAGAGUCCCCAGAUCUACAAACCUCCCACCCCAGAGAUGUUGGCCUACCUGGACUUCAGUGUGUCCACAACAGGCAUCCUAGCAGGGGUCAAGAUGUCCCAUGCUGCCACCAGUGCCUUGUGUCGCUCCAUUAAACUGCAGUGUGAGCUCUACCCUUCGCGGCAGAUCGCCAUCUGUCUGGACCCCUACUGUGGCCUGGGCUUUGCUCUCUGGUGCCUGUGCAGUGUGUACUCGGGCCACCAGUCCAUCCUGGUGCCUCCUCUGGAGCUGGAGAGCAAUGCGUCUCUGUGGCUGGCAGCGGUCAGCCAGUACAAAGUGCGCGUCACCUUCUGCUCUUAUUCGGUUAUGGAGAUGUGCACCAAGGGCUUGGGUUCACAGACAGAGGCGCUGCGGUUACGGAAUGUGAACCUGUCCUGCGUGCGAACAUGCAUGGUGGUGGCGGAGGAGAGGCCCCGCAUUGCACUCACCCAGUCCUUCUCAAAGAUCUUCAAAGACCUGGGGCUUUCGCCACGUGCCGUCAGCACAACCUUCGGCUGCAGGGUCAACGUGGCGGUCUGUCUGCAGGGCACAGCAGGACCAGAUCCGACCACUGUCUACGUGGACAUGAGAGCACUACGACAUGACAGGGUUCGUCUAGUAGAGAGAGGGUCACCGCACAGCUUGCCACUGAUGGAAUCUGGGAAGAUCCUUCCAGGAGUGAAAGUCAUCAUUGCCAACACGGAGACUAAAGGGCCCUUGGGAGACUCCCAUCUAGGAGAGAUCUGGGUCAGCAGUCCUCACAAUGCUACAGGUUACUACACUGUGUAUGGGGAGGAGGCGCUCCACGCCGACCACUUCAGCACCAAGCUCAGCUUCGGCGAUACUCAGACUGUCUGGGCAAGAACGGGCUACCUGGGCUUCCUGCGACGCACCGAGCUGACUGACGCCAGUGGAGAGCGCCAUGAUGCCCUGUAUGUGGUGGGCUCUCUUGAUGAGACUCUGGAGCUGAGGGGAAUGAGAUAUCACCCCAUCGACAUUGAGACCUCUGUAAUCCGUUCUCACAAGAGCAUAGCUGAAUGUGCGGUGUUCACUUGGACCAACCUGCUGGUGGUGGUGGUGGAGCUGGAGGGCUCUGAGCAGGAGGCCCUGGACCUGGUGGCCCUGGUCACCAACGUGGUCCUGGAGGAGCACUACCUCAUCGUCGGGGUGGUGGUGGUGGUCGACCCCGGGGUCAUCCCCAUCAACUCGCGGGGGGAGAAACAGCGCAUGCACCUGAGAGACGGAUUCCUGGCUGACCAGCUGGACCCCAUCUAUGUGGCUUACAACAUGUGAGGGCUCUGCUGCAGGGCAACCUGUCCGUGUGGCUUAUUGGACAACAGGACAACUACAGGACUAUCUAUGGGGCUUGUAAUGUGUCAAUCGAUGAAUGGAGGGCCCAGUGUCAGCGUGGCUUGUGUUGAAAGAAAGCGAGCUUCCCUCAUUUUUGGGGCGGCUGAGGUGGAAUAAAAAUGAGCACUGGGCUUUACAGCAAAAUGGAGAGAGAGUAUUACAAGAGGAAAAACUGUCACAGAGCGUCAACUCAUGUCUCUUUCUCCCCACGAUUUCUUGCCCCAGCAAACAUAAAUUGUUCCGAAAAAGAGGUUGUAUUUUCACUAAGGUUGGUUUUUGUAUGUGCGACAGAUUUUAUGACUAUUUGAACCCAGGACACCUGAAAGCCUGAAGCAGAUGGUUGUAGUACAAUAACCUACUACACUGUGCCAUUACCAUUAUUUCCUUCAUAAAGCUCUGAAAUUAUGAAUGUCAGUUGUGUUUGCCAGACACUUGUGCCAUAGAAUACCGUAGACACCAGUCCCCAAACUCUGGCUCAAAGCGCCUCAUAACAUGUCUCAUGUUCGCAUAGCCUGCAGCACCGUGUUCGAGUCCGCUGCUCAUGAUGUUGCAAAUGGAAAUGUGUGGCGUGGAGCUCAUGUGCGUGAGAGAGAAACAUGUCUUUUCCAUAAGCAGUCGCAUUAAAUUCAAGGUAAUAGUUCCACAGUAUAGUGCUGCACCCUAAAUUAUCCUCCAGCUUAGUUCAGACUUUGUUUGUUACAUGACCAGGGAGCUCUGUCAGUGUUGAGGGAGGGGCUGUCAUGUCUUCUUUGUUGCAGCAGCUCAUUCCAGCAGUAGUACUUUUUUAGUGUCAGUUACAGAAGUCUUUUAGAUGUUGUCGUAUUUUCACUCUUUCUUGUUCUUUUCUAAGUAUGGAUUAUGUGAUACAGAUGCAAUGUUUUAUCUGAACAAAAUGCAAUAUGAGUGAUGUUGUUUUAAAUGACUGCAGACAUGAAGUCUCUAUCAUUUGAACUCAUGAGAUGACAUGAAAUGUUGCUUACCCUUAGCAACUUGCCAAAUGUUGUGAAUCAAGCCUUAAGUAUUUUUUCAGAUGCCUCCUUCUAUCCCAGCUCCUGUUUAACUUAAUUUUGUGAAGUUCCUCAGCUGCUGGAUAAGGAGGUAACAGGCAGGAGGUGGUUAGAUAUGAUAAGUACUUCUCUCUGGUUGCACCCAAAGUCUUUUUGGCUAUAAUGAAUAUAUACUUGAUCUUAACAUCAACCAUUACAAACACACAUUUCUACCCCAUGUUUUUUUUUUCCAAGUUUGUUCCUAUGGCCAAUUAUUGUUUUGAAUGUUGUGUCUUAUAAAAUCAGGCAGGAACACAUAAAAGCUAAUAUAGGCUUGAUGCAGAAUGUGAUAGCUUUGAGUGCCAUUAAGGUUGAAUGAGUGAAAAUGUUUUGAGUUGCAUGUACUGUGUAAGGCAAGUAUAUAAUAUGCUUGUAACACCGUUAACACCCCCAUCAUAUCACAUUGAGUAUGUAAAAUUCCACUUGUAGUAUGUUGCUUUUUUCCCUUCCUACAGUAUGUGCAAACCACUUCGGAAACAGGCGGCAAGCCUGCUGUAAGUAUGUACAGGUUUUGUGUAAGUUAUUAAUAGAAGGAGGAGACUUGUGGCUGGUUCAGCAGAGAGCAUAACACAAAGACUGAGUCUGGUAGAGAUGUGGACCGAUCCCUCACAACCAGAAAUUUGAAAUGGUUUCUCAUGUAUGGGAGACAAUGGGAAGAAAGAUACAUGAAAAGCCUUGUAAACAUUUUUUAAUUGUAUGAACACUGGGAACAAGCGACUUCCAGGAUGAGACGAAGCACACUCCCAACACAAGGGAAAGACUGUUCUGUUCUGGUGACUUGAGACGUCACAUCCUCCAGAGCAUACUUUUUGUUGUUAACAUGCAGAAAGAUACAUUUGUCUGAUAUAUGGGUAGUUGUCAUUAUUUUCAUAACAUGAUUUCUUAAUGAAUAAAAAAUAGUACUUUUAACUUGAAAUGUUUGUCUUCACUGGA